CCUCUUCCAACCUAUUCCACCCUUCGCAAAGCGUUGGGGUGCCAGAAGAUCGUCAUUUGGUGUACCUUCGAAUUUGCCAAUCUGAGUUCCUUUGCUUUCAUACCUCUAAGAGAGCUUUACAAAAUAUCGAUUGUACAAUGAUAGUGUUUCCCGCCCAGCAUGACGCUAAGUCACUACAGUCAAUUGGUGAUGCCGAUGAUGUCAAAGAUACCGUGUCAUCACCAACCGUAUUCAGGAGGAUGCCUCCACAGUCUGAAAUUCUAAAAAAUCUUCCUUCUUCUGAAACAGAAUCAUUUGCUGUGCAACCGGCUACUUUGAAGCCUCGGAGGAUCAUCUUCCCAUCGCUUCAUCUCUCUUCCACUGAUUCUCCGGGUUCCUCUUCAUGCGAGUCUCUCACACCCGCACCGAGCUCACCUCCCGAGGGGACUGCCUUACACAUCGAAGGGAAGAAUCUGCCUAGCUUUCCAAGUCUCGAGCGAUCCAAAAUUUCGGGUUUAGAUUAUGUGCUAGCUUUGUCCCCAUUACGUUGGGCUUCAUCGCUCGCUGAAGUAAAGCCGAUGCUUCCUUUGGUUUCGCCUGACCCGCAUGGGACCGACCACAUUUUGAUAGGAACGAAACAAAACCCCGACUCCAUUGCCGCCCCCUCUCCGCGGCCGAACAAUGUGUCAGUGAAGACAAUGGGAGGCAAACGAAAACCGGGAUGUUCUCACCAGCGCAUUAUUAUAUCACACGGAGCGAAUCUUCCCGCGAUUACAGAAACUGCGAAAGCACUGGAGUUCAAGAAUCCUAAGCCGUUGCGAUCUAUAUUACGAACCAAAUCGUGUGGAUCGCAAGCCGUUAUUGCGGUGUCAUCAGUGGAGUCAGAUCUUCCCUCUUUGGCAAGUAGCAACAGUCAGUCUUCACUGGAGGACUCCAAUCAUAUGCAUGUUUGUUUUCUUCCGCCAAUGAAACAUUUUUCUCGCCGAGAGCGUGCCGUUUCUGAGCCUGCGUAUCUCAGUCGGGUGAUAUCUUUUGAUGCCCGUGUACGGGUCAAAGAAUUUGAACGGGCCCAGGCUGAACGAGAAGUAACCUGGUACACAAUGGAAGAAUUGGAAGUCUUCAAAAUGGACGCCGUGAAACUUAUCAUGGCGAAAACGGAAAGUGCGGUCAUCCCAACCGGCACAGGACGAACGGUUCGUCGCAGGGUUUUUCCUACAGGAAAGGCCUUCUUUUCGCACAAGGCGCUUGCCAUGGAAGACGACGAAGAAAGUUCGUGCCGAGACGCAGUGUUUCGAUGUGCCGUGCUGAAGAACGAGGUUCGCCGGAUCCUCGUCGUGGAUCCUUACGAUAUAUGCUUGCAGCUGUUCUCCAAAGCUCUUAAAAUAACUUUUCCAGACGCAGAAAUCGAAACGGCCCGAAACGCCGAGGAAGCCAUGCAACGUGUUCGAGAUGUUCGCGGAGGUCAACGCUUCGAUAUUGUCCUGAUUGAAGAGCGCCUCAGAACCUUACACCAACAGCACCGCAACGCGGAACCUUCUCAGCUUCAAACUAUAUUGACUGGUUCUUCCCUUAUGCGCACGCUCUCUGCAAAGAUGAGUAAGAGUGUGUUUGUUGGUACAAGCGCCCAUCUACCCCAAGAUGGAUCUGGCCUCAAAGAAAGUGGUGCAGACUUUCUAUGGUCCAAACCUCCUCCACUGUUGACCCCCAAUCUUUUAGACAGUAUUCUCCGAACUUUGCUGGAGAAGCGGGAACGGCAUGGUGUGAUCAAGGAUUUAUUUGGUUCUUGAAGCACAACCAAGCAUCGUGUUGUCAGCUCUUCUUUUUCACCGAUGUGUACAACUACAUGAUGCGUAUGACAGAAAUACUCAUCUUACAAUUUUAUAGCAAAGAAGCUGAAUUUC